GAUGAGUUGUUCACGGAAGAGAAGAUGGCGUUGAUCCCUAAUUCGCUAAAAUGGAUGAUUCAUGAAUUCCUAAGGCUCAAAGAUAAACGUGAUAUAAUCACAAUUUCUGUCCCCCGAGGAUUCAUUGCACCGCGUACCCAGAUCAUUUUAUCUGGAGAGGAUUUGCAGCAGGUUGCUACGUGUAACUACAUCGGCAACCAGGGAAUGCUGUUUGGAAUGAUGCACAUAUGGGAGAGCAUCAACGGUCUGAGAAAAAUUUUCAAGUUUUACGACCCAGAGCUUCUCACAGUGCAUGGGAUCAGCGAUGAAGAACAGAGUCAGUCUUUUGACGAUGCGGCAAGACGAUUGGCUAAUUGGUUAUCAUUAAUGAACAGCAACCACCAAAUGUUCUUUAUUCCUUGGAAUAUCGGGAUGCAUUGGACGCUAGUGGUGGUUGCGCCAAGGAAAAUUAUCCAUUUAAACCCUCUAAAAGGCCGCCCAAUUCCCGAAGAAAUAGAACAAAUGAUCGGAAGGGCAUUCAUGUAUAUAGGGGACGCACAUCAGUAUCUUGGCCCGUGGCAAGGAAUUUCACAAGCAAACUGUCCAAGACAACCUAAAAGCCAAGAAUGCGGUUUUUAUGUUUUGAAAUAUAUCACUGACAUCGUCGCACGUGCCAACCCCAACCGUUACAUAGAAGAUCAAAAAGCUGUAAGUUUUAAUUAUUGAUCAUAGUAUA